AUGGAUGACGACGCCAUCAUCCCCAGUCCCCCUCCUUCUCCUUUCCUGGCCCCCAUUCCCAACCUCAUGGGGAGCGACUAUUCUCCAGCUUCCCUGGAGAUCGACAUGUAUGAGGUGGAUGCAAGACAUCCUGCAAUGGAGGUGAUGACUCCAGAGCAUCAAGCAGCAUGGGAGGCUGAGCUGGCUCGCUCUCCCACUCCUCCUCCUACAGCUGACGAGGUCAUCAAUGUGGUCUUGGACACCCAUCAACCAGGCACCCCUGUUUACUGGCUGGAGGUUCAGCCAUUAACACCCCCUCCUCACUGGGUAGAUCAUCAAACUCCUCCCCCUCCUCCUCCUGACUGA